GAGGGAGGGAGGGAGGAGGAAAGGCAGAGGGAGAGUACGGCGCGCCGGCUCGCUCCGCUUUCACGCCGGCGUCGCGGCGCGAAGGGGAGUGUGCUUCUGUCGGGUCGCCGCGCCUCCAGAGGGAGUUGGGAAGGAUGCUGCGGGGAAGUCGGUGCAGCUUCCCCUCCUACUCCGGGGCUCGGCAUCCGGCGGCUCCUUCAGACUUCUUAGCCAAGACUAUGAAAUGACCAUUCCUGGUCGCCUCGGAGUCGCCGUCGCCUGGACGCCUUUCCCACCGCGCGCAAUUCGGGCUAAGGAGCGCGCUACCCCACCUUAGGUGGAGCCCCCAGCUGCGUUUACCGGCCAAGCCAGGGCGGCUAAAGAAGAAGCAGCAGCAGCGGCGCCAAAAGCAGAAGAACCAGCAUUAAGCGACGGUCGGACAGAGGGAACUCUCCUACGCUUUGGUCUCCAAGCGGGGCUCGAACUGCUGUGCCCGCAAGCGGGGGGGUCGGGCGAGGAGAAGCCCCUCUCUGCCAAACGGGACAAGAGCCCCCCCCCCACUCCACCCGAGCGGGCAGGCGGGCGAGGGUCCGCCGCGACUGCUCCCUCCCCGUCGGAAAGUCGAGAGCCGGGCCGGCGGGAGGGCGAGAGCUCGCGGAGGAACCGCCGCUGCUGCCGCUACCGCGGCCAAGGAGGUGGAAGACGGCGGCAAGGGGCGCGAGCCGGACUCGGGCUUGGAGGGCUCUUGGGCUUCGAGUCUUUUUCUCCCCGAAGCAGUCAUGGGCAAAGGGCUGGAAGCCGCCGCCGCCCGCUACGGACUGGGACUGGGAUACUUACUGCAGAUGGUCGUAUUGCCCGCCUUGGCUAUCCUGAGUGCCAGCAGCCCCGGCUCGGCUGCGCAAGAUGAUGAUUUUUUUCACGAACUCCCAGAAACCUUUCCUUCUGAUCCCCCAGAACCUCUUCCUCAUUUUCUCAUUGAGCCGGAAGAAGCUUACAUUGUCAAGAAUAAGCCGGUGAACCUCUACUGUAAAGCCAGCCCGGCCACUCAAAUCUACUUCAAAUGCAACAGCGAAUGGGUUCAUCAGAAGGACCAUAUUGUAGAUGAAAGGGUUGAUGAAACCUCUGGACUCAUUGUUCGAGAGGUAAGCAUUGAGAUUUCACGGCAACAAGUUGAAGAACUCUUUGGACCCGAAGACUACUGGUGCCAGUGUGUGGCUUGGAGUUCUGCAGGCACAACCAAGAGUAGGAAGGCCUAUGUCCGUAUUGCAUAUUUACGGAAAACUUUUGAACAGGAACCAUUAGGAAAGGAAGUAUCUUUGGAGCAAGAAGUCCUACUUCAGUGUCGCCCACCUGAAGGAAUCCCAGUGGCUGAGGUUGAGUGGCUGAAAAAUGAAGAGGUGAUAGAUCCUGUUGAAGAUAGAAAUUUUUAUAUCACUAUUGACCACAAUCUGAUCAUAAAGCAGGCACGUCUCUCUGAUACAGCCAAUUAUACUUGUGUUGCCAAAAAUAUUGUGGCAAAAAGGAAGAGCACUACUGCUGCUGUCAUCGUCUAUGUCAAUGGCGGAUGGUCAACUUGGACAGAGUGGUCAGUAUGUAACAGCCGUUGCGGAAAAGGCUUUCAGAAGCGUACAAGAACAUGUACCAAUCCAGCACCACUCAAUGGCGGAACCUUCUGUGAAGGCCAAAAUUUGCAGAAAAUAGCUUGUACCACAUUAUGUCCAGUGGAUGGGAGGUGGACAGCAUGGAGUAAAUGGUCUACCUGUGGAACAGAAUGUACCCACUGGCGCAGGAGGGGCUGCACCGCACCAGCACCCAGGAACGGCGGCAGAGACUGUGAGGGCCUUGUCUUGCAGUCCAAGAACUGCACAGAUGGGCUGUGUAUGCAGAGUUUCAUUUACCCUAUUUCAACUGAACAGAGAACCCAGAAUGAAUAUGGAUUUUCUUCUGCUCCUGAUUCGGAUGAUGUCGCUCUCUACGUCGGUAUUGUGAUAGCCGUGAUUGUGUGCUUGGCUAUUUCGGUAACUGUUGCAUUAUUCAUCUACCGGAAGAACCAUCGAGACUUCGAGUCAGAUAUUAUAGAUUCCUCAGCACUAAAUGGUGGAUUUCAGCCUGUAAAUAUAAAAGCUGCAAGACAAGAUCUCCUUGCUGUUCCUCCUGACCUUACGUCUGCAGCAGCUAUGUAUAGAGGCCCGGUCUAUGCCUUGCAUGACGUCUCUGAUAAAAUUCCAAUGACCAACUCUCCAAUCCUGGAUCCACUGCCCAACUUGAAGAUCAAAGUUUACAAUAAUUCGGGUGCAGUCACACCCCAGGAUGAGCUGUCCGAUUUUUCAUCCAAACUCUCUCCACAGAUUACUCAAUCCCUACUGGAUAAUGAAGCAUUAAACAUUAAAAACCAGAGCCUCGCGCGGCAAACAGAUCCAUCGUGCACUGCUUUUGGGACCUUCAAUUCUCUUGGAGGUCAUCUGAUUGUACCUAAUUCAGGAGUAAGUUUGCUGAUUCCUGCGGGGGCGAUUCCUCAGGGGAGAGUCUAUGAAAUGUAUGUGACGGUUCACCGAAAGGAGAACAUGAGGCCACCAGUAGAAGAUUGUCAAACCCUUUUGACCCCUGUAGUGAGUUGUGGGCCUCCAGGAGCAUUACUAACUCGGCCUAUCAUUCUAACAAUGCACCACUGUGCAGAACCAAACACCGAAGACUGGAAAAUUCAGUUGAAGAACCAAGCAGCCCAGGGACAAUGGGAGGAUGUUGUAGCAGUUGGAGAAGAAAACUUCACUACUCCAUGUUAUAUCCAGUUGGAUCCAGAGGCAUGCCAUAUACUCACAGAAACUCUUAGCACCUAUGCCUUAGUAGGGCAGUCAGUCACCAAAGCAGCCACAAAACGUCUGAAGUUGGCCAUAUUUGGGCCACUGAUCUGCUCAUCCUUGGAAUACAACAUCCGUGUCUACUGUCUGGAUGACACCCAAGAUGCCCUCAAAGAAGUGCUGCAGUUGGAGAGGCAAAUGGGCGGACAAUUAUUGGAGGACCCAAAGGCUUUACAUUUUAAGGGUAGCACUCAUAAUCUUCGCUUAUCUAUUCAUGAUAUUACUCAUUCCCUAUGGAAGAGUAAACUACUAGCAAAAUACCAGGAAAUUCCCUUUUACCAUAUCUGGAGUGGAUGUCAAAGAAAUUUGCAUUGUACCUUCACCCUGGAAAGGUUCAGCCUGAACACGCUGGAGUUGGUAUGCAAACUCUGCAUACGGCAGGUGGAAGGAGAGGGACAGAUAUUCCAACUCAACUGUGUGGUGUCUGAGGAACCAACUGGCAUUGAAUAUCCACUUAUGGAUCCAGCAAGUACCAUUACAACCGUAGUAGGACCCUGUGCAUUCAGCAUCCCUCUUCCUAUCCGUCAGAAGCUUUGCAGUAGCCUAGAUGCUCCUCAAACAAGAGGCCACGAUUGGAGAAUGUUGGCCCACAAACUAAAAUUGGACAGGUACCUCAAUUAUUUUGCUACAAAAUCAAGUCCCACCGGUGUGAUCUUAGACCUUUGGGAAGCCCAAAAUUUUCCCGAUGGAAAUUUGAGCAUGCUGGCCACCGUCCUCGAAGAGAUGGGAAGACACGAGACAGUUGUUUCAUUGGUAGCAGAAGAAAAGUACUGAACUGACCUUGGAAUGAGAAUGAAGGAAUGCUAACCAUCGCGUCAGCUGUGACUAACACAAACCAAGCACCCCCCAAACCAAUGUGUUUCAUAGCAAGAGGCAUUCCUGAGGGACAAGACACAGAAUCCUGCCUUUUCACAUGCAUCCCUUUUUUGUAUAUUAUCACAGGAUUUGAAAGAAACCAUGCAAAGUUGUUACCUUUAUAGUAUAAUUCAACCUAACAUUCCUCUCAGCUUGGCUGUACACUGCUUAGUGCAGGAUUUUACAGUUUCCUAGGAAACGCUUUUUAUUGCUAUCCAGAUAUAUGGAUAAACUUUCUUAACAAUCCCAGUUUCUAUGAACGUUGUUUACAUCAAAUCCUGGGCAGCAGGAUGGAAAAUGACUGUCCAUGGCUAUCUUUUUAUAUAUUGGUGUUUUUUUUUCUUCUUUUGUUGAAAGCCAUUCUACACCAAGCUGUGGACAAAGCAGGGUUCUGGCUAUUUUUCUGAUGAAUCGGUCUCCAACACACUUUUCAGACAAUUUCAUAAUUGCAAAUUUGCCCAUUAGAUGUCUUAAACUAACCUACCUAUUCCGUUUCCUAGAAUGAGUUAAGACAGAAUUUUAAAACUUCUGCAUCUGGCAAGAAAAUAAUCUGAAAGCUGAUCAGGUAUGCAUGUUCCCUCUCUACCUUCACCAAGGUAGCUUGUGUCCCUUGGUGACUUCAACUGCAGGGAUUCCCUCUUCCCUCCCCCAGUUUACAAUAUGCCCUGCCUUCAUCUUUAAAGUGUGUGUGUGUGUAAGAGAGAGAGAGAGAGAGAGAGAGAGAGAGAGAGAAAUACUCACUUUGGUGUGCUUUGAGAAGAACCCUCCCUAAAAAAGAAAAAAGUUACUUGUACGAUGACCGUAACUGAAUAGUAUUUAGUACAAAUAAUAUUAUAUUUCUUUUAGUAGUAGUAUUUUUGUUUACCAAAAUUAUCUGCAGCAUUAAUCAUUUCAGCAAUGGCAGCACCCUCCCUAAAAGCUGUUGAUGGCUGCCUUGGGCCUUCUAAUCCCUUUAAGAGGGAGAGUCUACCCCUCUCUUUCCUGGCCCUGGGGCUCCCUCUCUGCCUUCCCCCACCCACCCCCUAUCAAUUUCAGUGAAUUGCUGCAUGAAUUACUCUCAUGCAAUUCACUUUCUCCUGACAAGUUUUCUUUUUCAGAUGAGUAACAGUGCAUUCAUCUUGAUAAAGAAAAUUCAGCCUAAAAUGGAUUAUUUUACCCAGACAAGAUGUUUCGCAAGAAACACCGCACGUUACUCCUGCUUAUUUAGUAGUUUUGAUAUUAGAUGCUUUUUCUCUUUGCUGUAAGCCAUCAAAACUUCAUGCAUGUCCAUGGGACCUGGAUUAAUUUUCUGUGUCUGAAUAUUUACAAUCUGUUCUUAUGCAGUGAUGGGUUUCAAAAAAUUUUACUACCGGUUGUGUGGGUGUGGCUUGGUGGGCGUGGCAUGGGAAGGAUACUGUAAAAUCUCCAUUCCCUCCCAAAUCCAGGGGAAGGUUACUGCAAAAUCCCCAUUUCCUCCCAAUCAGCUAGGACUCGGGAAGCAGAGAAUAGAUAGGAGUGGGGACAGUCAGAGGUGGUAUUUACCGGUUCUCCAAACUACUCCAAAUUUCCGCUACCGGUUCUCCAGAACUGGUCAGAAUCUGCUGAAACCCAUCUCUGGUUCUAUGCAUAUCGCUCCUUAUUUACUAUUCUUUCAGAGAGAAGUGUCCCUCCAGAUACUGGUUUUUAUCCAAAGAUGAAAAAGUAUUUCAUGCAAGUAAUUGCAAAGUUUGAAGCUAAAGGACACAAUAAUUUCAUUUGGGUGUUUCAUAUUUAUUGUUAGGAAUAAAAAUCCCUAUGCAUUGUUGAGUUUUAAGUACUUGAGUUGGGUCCUGUUUUACAUGCAUGGUGUCUUGGAUAGGUUUUGAUGGCCUGUUAGCAAAUGGUAAUUAGCAAACCUGGUAAUUGUCCAGGUUUGGUACAUUUUUCUCUUACAAAAACAAUAUCGUGGAAUUUUGUUUCUAGCCUUCCCUUUCGUUUUUCUCCCUUUCCAUCUUAAAAAAAUGUUAUUUACCAUCUUCACUUGCUUAAGAUUCUGCAUACUGUACGUAUGUGCUCGUAAUAUUUUCUGUGAAGCUUCUUAAAUCUGCAUUUCUAAAAGUAACCAUGGAAAUACUGUUGGUUAGCAGGGAAGGUGAAUUUUGCCUGACCUUUUCUUCAUUUUGACAUUUCCACAGAGUUUUAUUAUCCAUCCAGUGACUAAGCUUUAUUAAACACAGAGCACCAUUCAUAAAACAUACCGUUAGGAAACUCAGACAUUCGUCUUUCAGUAAUCAGAAGCAGUGAACAGGUUUUGAUCAAAGUUAAUGUGGAUUUUGUUUUGAAAGGGUAGUUAACAUUUGGUCAUGGAACGUCCUAGUUGGGCUUUAAAAGUAACUUUUGAUCUGGUACAGUUGCCUCCUUGUGUUUAAUCCAGUUCUGGCUCUUCAACAACCAUUGAAUUUAGAUGAAGUCAUUCCUAAUGCCUCCUUUCACACAUCUCUCUCUUUCUCUCCCUCCCUCCCUCUCUCUCUCUCUCUCUCCCUCUCCCUCCCUCCCUCCCUCCCUCUCUCUCAUCUCUCUAUAUUUAUCCAUCUAUCUAUAUCUAUUAUCUGCCUAUCUAUCAGUGGGGGCAUUCAAAAUUUUUUACUACCAGUUCUGUCGGCGUGGCUUAGUGGGCCUGGCUUGGUGAGCGUGGCAGGGGAAGGAUACUGUAAAAUCCCCAUUUCCUCCCAAUCAGCUGGGACUCAGGAGGCAGAGAAUAGAUGGGGGCGGGGCCAGUCAGAGGUGGUAUUUACCGGUUCUCCAAACUACUCAGAAUUUCCGCUACCGGUUCUCCAGAACUGGUCAGAACCUGCUGAAUACCACCUCUGCUAUCUAUCCAUCCAUCUUUCAUCUAUAUCUAGCCUCUAUCUCUUAUCUAUCUCUGUUUAUAUCUAUCUAGCAUCUAUCUCUAUCCAUCAUCCAUCUCUCUCAGACAUCUUUCUAUCUGUCUGUCUGUCUAUCUAUCUCUGUCAUCUAUCUAGUUUCAGUUUUGUUAUCACUGCCUAAUAAUCAUGUUAAACAUAUUCACUAAUAAAUGAUCUAUGUGAUUUUUUUUUUCAAGUACCCAUGCCAAAAAAAUAGCUAUCGUGAAAUGAAGUAGGCCUGAUAACAUACAGGUGAGAGAGAGAAAAGUGGGUAUCUAAAGGAGGCUGAUGGAACCACAGUUUUUCUCUCUGUGCCUAGAGAUUCCAUCUAAGAAACCUGAGAUAUUAUUAAAAGGGAAGCCAUCGUUUUAAAACACACACAUACUUUCAUUAUCUGAUCUAUUUCUUUUUAAUUGGACCAUUAUUUAGAAUUGGCAAGAUGGUGCCUAUUAGCAGAAACCUCAAAUAAAAAAUAAAACUAACUUAACACAUUUUAAAUCAAUUCUCUCGAGAUCUACUAAGUUUUUGCAUUUUUAUUUUUAAAAUAUUUUUUUUUAUAAAUAGUAAUACCACACAAACGAUACAGUGUCUGAAAAGUCAUUUUCUGCUGUCAGCUUUACAGUGGAUGCAGUGAACAGCAAAUAUACACAUACAUAGACUCACUAUUUGUAAAUUUAGAAAAGACAAGCUGGCCAUGAAUUCCUACUUUAAAAAUUUGAAAAAUGUGUCUGGCUGAAGUGUGUAUAGAAAAUCCAUGAUUAUAGGGAUGAAUGUGUAUUUCUGUGAUGUGGACUUACAGUCCAUCAAUGCUCAGCAAACUAGGAAAUACACCUAUCGUCAUAGUUGUUCUGAUAUUGAUCAAAGGUUUUUAAGUUACUGUAAAGCAGUUAUGGAAAAGAAACAUUCUCUUCAGACUAUUCUGAAGUAAGACUUGUGCAGUAGAUGAGUGUGACCAAAUAACCUUCAGGUUGCCCUGUAGUUUAAAGUACAUAGAGUUAAUCCCCAAGAUGCAGCUUGACACACACUUCAUAUUUCAAUAGGAAACAUUGUUUGUGGAAGCAAAAAGAAUGGUGGAGUUUAUAAGGGAAAACAGAUUCUCAGUUUGAAUAUGUUUGAGCCUACUGCCAUCUAGUGGCGUAGUAGACCAUCUAAAUGCAUUUUAGAAAUAUUGAAAACCAGUUUUUGUCUUAGCAUUGAAUGUAAUUUUGUUUAUCCUUGAUUUUUUUUUUAAACUAUAUUGAGAUCUAGUAGUAAGGUCUUCAAAACAGCAUUUAUGAGAUACAUGUGUUUUGUUUUUUUUUGAGACCUAUAGAAAAAAAAUAAGGACUAUCUGCUACAACUUCCCACUUAAGGUUCUAGAGACUUUGGGUACUUAUUAAAGGAAUUUGUAAGUUUUCUCGCCUUUGAAGAAUUCUGCAGAUGUGUCUGUUGUGCAUACAGGUAUACACAAUAUAUAGGUAUUGUGCAUACAGGUCCUCACAGUGAUAUAUCAAAUACUAGUGAUAGAAGUAAAAUAUAUAAAUACUAUACCUAUACAGUUAUAUAAAGGUAACUAAAUAUAUUUAAAACAUUUUAGUUUUUCUCUUUUUUAAAAAAAAAAAGUCCUAUAAUGAAAAAGCAUUUAAGGGUGUUUGAUGGUUUGUUUGUUUUUGUUUAUGUUUUGCUAUUUUUUUUUCUUGAGAAAGUGAUUCUCAAAAUACUCAUAUGAAGUGAAUUAUAAUAUUCAUAUUGCUAGAAUGUAUGAAUUUAACUCAUUCUCAAACAUUACUGGAAUGCUUAGCAGUAACUUCCUUUUUUGGCUGGUGCAGAAAUAAUAUGCAUUUCUGCACAAUUCAUUGAAUUGGAUGUUACCGUUGGAUUAUGAUCAAGAGAAUAAUUAUGCAGCUUUGCAUUCACUGCUUGAACGGAGGAAAACUCACGUAUCCCAAUUCAGUCUUGAGGAAGGGGGAAUCUCACAUAGGGAUGUACGGACUUGGUUUGCACAGUACACUUAUCUAGAUCAGUUAUAAGAUAUAGCGGCUGCAUUCAUGUAACACGCUAAGUUUGAAUAUGUUAGACUAUAUCCAGUCUGUUCCUUGAACUCAGCCUAUAUUCUAGCAAAUGUGUAAGAUGUGAUUCAAUUCACUGUCCACAUUGAGCAUAUUGUGUGAACCAAUCCAUGGAGUGACUGUGCAAAUACUGAGAUAAUGUUUAGAAUUUCUGCCGUGAACUAGUUUCAUAGUUAGUCCCCAUGAAAGCCUACAACUUUCCCCGAUUCAUCAUUACCUUUCCCUAUGAGCUAUUGUUUUUGUAGUAAUAUCAAAGACUCACCCAGAAGCAUUUUUCAAUGAUUACUUUUAUGCAUUGUGGAGUGCAAUGGCUAAAAAACUGAGUUGUCUAUGGAGAGUUGUCAGUCAUCCAGCAUCCAAAGGUGCUUUUUCAAGAGGCAACUGGACUUUCUGGUUUUUCUUUGAAGACAUUUUGCUUCUUAUCCGAGAAGCUUCUUCCGUUCUGACUGCAUGGUGGGGAAUGGAAGGAUUUAUACACCUGGCAGACAGCUGGUCAUUUGCAUUCUUUUAGUGAGAUGUUAAGGCCACCUGGAGGUUUAUCUGUGUCAUCUGAGUCAUCUGAGUCAGGGGUGGGUUCUACUUACCUUUACUACCCAUUUGCAUCACACCCGCAUGCGCGCUCCUCUCCUCUGCAGAUCACCUAUGAUGACAUCCGGGUCAGUGGGUAGAGCCUCCUGCUGGUUUUACUACCAGUUCUUGCGAACCGGUCCGAACCAGGAGCAACCCACCACUGAUCUGAAUGCUGCAAAUGGGUGUGGAGCCUUCUUGGAACUGCUGAAAGGACUAUGUUGUAGACUGGAGUGAGAUGAUGCCAUAUCCCUCCUCCUCUGUUAAGAAAGGGCUGUUCAGUUUUGACAUAGAUGGUCCCUUUCAUACCAGUGGCCCUUUCUGUCCAAAAUGUAGAAUUUGCUGUCUUCAAAAGAGUGGCCUUUGUAUUUUAAAUGCAGAUGGACUGCUGAAUCUAGCCCUGGUGGGUUUGUUCUCCUAUGUUGUGCCAUGCUUUUAUGAAGUGGUUGUUUUGUUUCCCCAAUGUACAGAUCUGCACAUGCCUCGCUGCAUUGUACUGCAUAUACCACGUUGCUUAGAUUGUGUCUGGGUGUUUUAUGAACAUGACCAGCUGUCUGCAAGGAGUAUAGAUCCUUCCAUUCCCCACCAUCCAGUCAGAGCUGAAGAAGCUUCUUGGAUGAGAAGCAAAACAUCUUCAAAGAAAAACCAGAAAGUCCAGUUGCCUCUUGAAAAAGCACCUUUGGGGGAAAAAAACUGAAUUGGGCUCCCAUUAAAAGGCUCUAUGCAUGCCAGUAGCUACAAUCUCAAUUCCUUGUCUGACAUGACAUUGUCCAUCUUAUUGGUCAAAUAACAGAGAUAAAUAAUCCCUUGACUCAUCAACAGCGGUAUGAAAUUUUAAGUAUACUAUUCCAUUAAUUAUGGGAGUGAUUUUUUAUCAAUCAGCAGCAAUAAAUGUAAAACUGUCAAGAAUUUUGUAGAAAAUACGUUCUUUUUCUGCUUAGAUUUAUUAGGAUAAGCAGACUUUCUGUUCGACUUUCACAAAUUUUUGAGGAUUUCUUUCUCUGAUCCUCAAUAUCAUGACCAGCAUCUCUGGAUGGCAAAUAUAAUCAAUAUAUCUUUCUUGAAGGUAAUUACUACCUAUGCUACACAAUGGCUUUAAGAAAUCUACAACUUGAGCCCAGUAGGAAACAUAGCUUGUUUGCUGGCAGGCUGAAUUACCUACUUAUCUUUCUUCAGUAUAUUACAUUGUGUGAAUGAAGAUAUCAGUCUGAUCAGGCAAAUAUAUGCCCAGUCUGAGUAAUGUAUUUAAGAAGACAAGCAGUGCUGCAACUGAUCACAUUAUACACAUCAGCAUUACAGCAAUUAUUUGAGUAGAUAGAGCCAGAAUAGAAUUAUAAGCCUAUGGUAGAAGUAUGGAUACCAAUUGUGUCCAUCAAACAACGUAACUUGAAACCUUGAAGCAAGCCUGCUGAUUUUUAUGUUCUGCAUCUGUCCCCUUGUCAGUGUCAAUUCCGUUUUAAGGCCUGUUGUUUUUGGUUUAUGGAAUAACGAUGAGUGGAAGACAUGUUUGAUCUUUCUUCUUGGACAAUAGUAGCCUAGUCCUAAAACUCAGGGCAAGGUUGAAGUUGAAUUGUUUUCAUAGAACAUAAACUCAUUUCCAAAAUGGAAUACUAAAAUAGGAAUACCGUGUUUCCCCAAAAUUAAGACCGAGUCUUAUUAUCUUUUAGGCUUGAAAAUAAGCACUUGGGCUUAUUUUCAGGGAGGUCUUUUUUUUUUUUUUUUUUUUUUUUGAGGUGAAGGAGGCGGGAAGCACAGUCACUUCAUUGCUGCUGGGCCCCUUAACUGCGGCCCGCAGAUCAGCUACGGAACAGAGGGGCCCUUGGCUGCAUAGCAAGAGUGUGCUGGAAAUAUCUCCAGACACCUGAAGAGACAGAAGUACCAGUCCUCGCUGGAUCAGCUGAUCCGCAGGCUGCUGUUAAGGGGUCCAGCAGCCAUGAAGUGACCAGGGAAGGGAAGGGCUGCCUCCUGUGCUGGCCAUGCCCACCCCCUUCACUAGGGCUUAUUUUUGGGAUAGGGCGUAUAUUAGGCCCACCCCAAAAAAUCAGGCUAGGACUUAUUUUGGGGGUAGGUCGUAUUUUCGGGAAAACACAUUAGCAACAGUAUUGGUGAUUAUAGCAUGUCAUUCAAUGCAUCCAUCUUUAGCAAGGAUAAAAGGGCAUAAAAAUGUAAAGGCACAGGUCAUUCAUAGAAGAUCAUUGUUUGUGUAUGUGAUGAAUAACCUUUUCCACCCUUUAUCUUCAGGUAAUAGCUGCUUUCAUAUCGCCAUAGUUAUUCCUUGUGAUUCAAGUAGUGACAGUGUAGGCAUAUUUUGGAUGUAUGAUCAAUUCCCUAUUAAAUUAGUUGGAUAGCUUUUUAGACAAAUGGAGGUUAAGUCCAUACAAAACCACCAUUUUUUAUGGCUGACUGUUGCUCCUCAUGGACUUGAUUCCUUAUUUGAUUAAAUAGGCCUCACUCAAAGCCAUUGGUUGAAGAUCAAUGGUUCAGACUAUCUAAAGUGAAAGAAACGAUCAGUAGUACACUUUGCAUUAUUGGUUAAAGACUUUGAACUUUGAUCUGAUCACAAUAUACUAGGCUGUUUCUUUAUGAAGAUAUUUUUUAAAAUGUAGCAGUUUGUGACUUCGCUGCUAUUAUAGUUCAAUUCUCUUAACUGCGUCUUUGAAAAAGAUCAAGACAGCCGGAUGUAUCUUACUGGGGGAAAAAAAUAAUAAUUCAACCCUCUGUGACAACAGUGAAAAUGUAUAUUGUGGUUUUAGUAUUGAUUUUAACUGACAAAUAUAUUCAUUCCUCAACUCCCUCUUUCUUAUCUUCUUUUUAUAAAGUACAAAUUGUGUGAUUGAUGUAAGCUUUGUUAGGUAAGAUUAUGAUCUUUAUGGUGCCCUUAUCUGAUAGUUUUGAUUUUUAAUUAAAAUUUCACUUCUUUGGCAGUUCCAUUUGGGCCUGCUGGGAUUCAGAUAAAUGCCUUUUGCUGGGCUGGAAAAGUUUAGUUGAGCUUGUUGGUUUCCAUAUGUUGUGCUCAGGGGUGGGUUCUACUUACCUUUACUACCGGUUCGCAGCGGGGCCGCCCGGUCUUCUGCGCAUGCGCAGAAGUUUCUGCGUUUUGAUGACGUUGGGGUCGAUGGGCGGAGCCUCCCGCCGAUUUUACUACCAGUUCUAUAGAACUGGUGCGAACCAGGGACAACCCACCACUGGUUGUGCUUCGACAAACGAACUAAAAUAAACCCAGAAGGAACAAACAAACAAAGAAAGAAAGAAAUAAUAACCAAAUUAAGUAGACAAGGUAGAAUGAAGCAAAAAUGCCUGAUGUUCAUUUUUAUUCCCCCUUUGUGGCCUUUGCUGAUUAUCCCUUCUAAAAUAAUAACCAUCACUACCACAAUACAUCACCUUCUAACCCCUCAUUCUGUGAGCGGGCACUGAACAUAAUCAUUGGUAAGAAAUAUGAUUCUCUUGGGGCUGAUAGUAGAGCAUCUACAUCUUAACUGAGAUGCUCUUUCCAUCUAUUACUGAGCAGUAGCAGAAAGAAAGCAGACACUUGAUACUGGUUUAAACCUGGGCUAAGACAUCCCUGCUUAAAAGCAGGAGAGAAAAGAGGAAACAACGUACAAUUUGAGAGGAGAAUCUUGUUUCUUAACUUUUCACAUCUCACAGUUGAACCGCAAGAAUAUUUGCUUUAGGUUUAUGCUAGGAGUAGAUUUUUGGGCUUGCAUUUGUUUUGUUGAACCAGUUUAAGGGAACGGGUGUGGUUUGAUUUUGAUCUCCCUUAUCGCUGUAUCUUCUAUGCAAUUCUUUUUCUAAAGAAUUACUAUGACUAACAGAGCAAAGUGCUAGCCAUUGCAUUCUUUGUAUUGCUGUACAGUGGAGGUGUAGUUUACUAGUUCAGAGUGUGCCUCUGUCCCCUUCUCCCUUUUUCCUUCAGCCCUCUGUUUGUAAAUGCCUGCAUUUAUGCUGUCAGCCUGACAUGUACAAAGUGUAAGAAAGAAUUUUUAAACAGGUUAUAAAUUAUAUUUAUAAGCAAGUGAAAAAAAAACUGUGUGUGUCUUUUCAUUUAGUAAAAGCAUUUUCGGUUUUUCUUGUUGGUGGGAAAGCAGUUUGGGUUUUCUAAUAUUAUAGCCCAACUUGUUCACAUUCACAUUUAUGCCUCCGCCUCAAGAGAGUCACUGCAGAGAAUGACACAUACAAAUGCAUUGGAAAAUAUACAUAUUUCAAGACAUUAACUGCUUUGCAAACCACAAUUCACAAAUGAAACCAUUUGCUUCAUGAACCCAGA